AUGGCCGACUGGAGCCCCGACUCCUGGACUACAAAACCCAUCAAGCAGGAUGUGGUCUACGAAGAUGCCCAAGGGGUAAAAGACGCACUAGACAAGCUGCAGAAGCUGCCGCCAUUGGUGACUUCACAUGAGAUAAAUACUCUCAAUAAUAACUUGAAAAAUGUUGCCCUAGGCAAGGCUUUUGUCCUGCAAGGCGGAGACUGUGCCGAGCUCUUCGAUUACUGCAACCAAGAUAUGAUCGAAGCCAAGGUCAAGCUUUUGCUUCAAAUGAGCUUGGUCCUGAUCUGGGGCGCCAACAAACCAGUCAUCCGUAUUGCCCGAAUCGCCGGGCAAUUCGCGAAGCCCCGAUCUAGUCCGACAGAAGUGGUCAACGGGGUAGAGAUGCCCUCGUUCCGAGGCGACAACAUCAACGGCUUCGACGCUGACGCCAAGUCCCGACAGCCAGACCCAUCGCGGUUGGUCGCAGCGUACUUCCACUCGGCCGCGACGCUGAACUACCUCCGAGCAUCGCUGUCAUCAGGCCUGGCAGACCUGCAUUCCCCACUGGACUGGGGACUGGGCCAUGUGAUCACGCCAUCGAUCAAGGAGCAGUACUCACGGAUCGUGGGCGCAGUCAAAGACGCACUGCGCUUCAUGCGCACCGUCGGAAUCGAUAAGGACCGCGGCGUCGAGACAGCCGACAUCUACACGAGCCACGAGGGACUGGCACUCGAGUACGAGCAGAGUCUAACGCGGCAACUAUCGACACCCACCACCAGCAGCAGCACCAGUGCAGGAACAACCGGAGGGUUCUACGCAACAUCCGCGCAUUUCCUCUGGAUCGGCGACCGCACCCGGCAACUAGACGGCGCCCACGUAGAAUUCUUCCGCGGCAUCGCCAACCCAAUUGGAAUCAAGAUCGGGCCCAGCAUGGCACCCGACGAGCUGGUGCGGCUACUGGACGUCGUGAACCCAACGCGGGAGGUGGGCAAAGUCACACUGAUCUCGCGGUAUGGCGCCGCCAAGAUCGACGCGUUCCUGCCCGCACAUAUCAGCGCCGUGCAGGCGUCCGGCCAUGUCCCCGUGUGGCAGUGCGAUCCUAUGCACGGGAACACGCAGGCGACGCCGUCGGGGGUCAAGACGCGCCAUUUCACUGAUAUCUUGUCGGAGCUGCGGCAGGCGCUGGAGAUUCAUCGCGCUGCGGGGUCGUUCCUUGGUGGGAUGCAUCUUGAGUUGACGGGUGAGGCUGUUACGGAGUGUGUUGGUGGUGCGGCGGGUUUGACGGAAGAGGGCCUUGGUGAAAGGUAUACCACGUUUUGUGAUCCUCGUUUGAAUGAAAAGCAGGCUCUGGAGCUGGCUUUUCUGGUUGCGGGCUUUUACCGCGAGGAGUCGGAGGAUUGA